AACGGCUAUGAUUACUCACACCUACCAAAACAAACUGUCCAUGCGAGUUUCUUUUUGCCAAAAAAUCGCAGCCGGUAUCCAUUGCAGAAACUACCCAACUGCCUCACACCACUUGUUUUGCCAUCUACAAAGUAGAAGAAAGCAGCAAAAUCAUCGUUUGAUCGAAGCUUAUUAUCACACUUGUUCUUGCAAUCUUCUGGAGACCAAACACAAACUCUGAGAGCGAUUAAGUAUACUAACCAUGCCCACCAACGAAGGAUUCUCAGGUGUAUCCAAUUGCUAUGUGUUCAAGAGUAGAUUGCAGGAGUAUGCACAAAAGGCAGGCUUGCCUACUCCUGUAUAUGAGACAAUCAAAGAAGGCCCUUCUCAUGAGCCAUCAUUCAGGUCGACAGUGAUUGUGAAGGAAGUUAGAUAUGAUUCUUUACCUGGUUUUUUCAAUCGGAAGGCGGCAGAGCAAUCGGCUGCUGAGGUUGCUCUUGUGGAGUUGGCUAAAGCUGGCCAAAUUAAUGAAUCCACUUCUCAACCUGUUCAUGAAACAGGAUUAUGCAAGAAUCUACUUCAGGAGUAUGCACAAAAGAUGAAUUAUGCAAUUCCUUUAUAUGAGUGCCAAAAGGAUGAAACACCAGGUCGAGGGCUUGUUUUUAAAUGUACUGUUGAGAUUGGGGGGAUUCGGUAUAUUGGAGCAUCAGCAAAAACCAAAAAAGAAUCGGAGAUCAAAGCUGCUAGAACUGCUUUGUUAGCAAUCCAAUCGAGUGGAUCUGAUAAACCAAGUGGCAACUCUCAAUUAACGGUAAUUCCAUGUAGAAAAAGGGGAGUUGAGACUAGUGUUCAAGAGGAGAUGGCAAAUAUUCCCAAGCCUAAGAAGGCCCGGUUUAAAAAGAAAAGGUUGAAAAACAAGCUCUCCGGGGACAGGAUAGACAAUGCUCAAAGUGAACUUACUGAACACUUGGAUACUAUGGAUGGUCAAUCUGGAUCAGAAACAGAUCAAACUGAUGGUUCCAUCAUUCGAGGAGCAAAUUGCAAACCUCUAGCAAUGGGAACAACGAUGACUGCCCAUGAUGGAAAGCCUGAUACUGACUUGAAUGAAAGAGAAACUUCUGAUACUAAAGGUGCUUUGACUUCGAAUGACUCUGGUUAUCCUGGAAGUGGACAGUCAGCAUCUCCAAAUUUUAAUCAAAGCAAUCAUGGGACUGGUGCGGAAAUAUCAGCUGAGUCUAAUGCUGGAACAGGUAAGGUUACUGGAAUUAUAGAGGCUACUUCAAUGGCAAACAAUCCUGUGCUCAAAUAGAUAGGGGCUUCAAAUGCUUAAAAAACUACAGAGAGAGAAUUGAGAUUAAUGCGAGCCAAGAGUAGGACAAACUGGAAAUAUAUUGGGUUUUAGUUGCAGUUGCGUGAAGUUGGUAUUUUGAGAUUAUAGGUGUAGAACUAGAAGGUACUGAGAGUAUCAAUAGAUUAACACUACGAAAAUUUCAGGUACACUGGUUGAUUAAAUUGUCCAAAAAUAUUGGAUUAGACAUGGAAAUGUGAUAACAAUAUCUGGCAUCCUUACCGCUGCUCGAUCUGUGUGGAUGUACCUUUGCGGGGUGAGUGGUUCUAUGAAGCAUUUCUAUUCUCCC